AUGGGCUGGCCAUCCUAUGUUGUCCCCGUGGUCGGAAGUGCGAUCGUCUCCACCAUGGCCUUCUUUCUAGGAGCUCUUGGCUAUUCCUAUUUCUGGAUCAUAGUUGUCAUAGCACUCACUGUAACUAAAACACAAUUGCAAGAUCUUCCCGCAUGGGUACAGUUCCCGGAUACGGAAAGGGUUGAAUGGAUGAACAAGGUAAUCCAUCAACUAUGGCCGUAUGUUGGAGAAUAUGCCAAGGUGUUCUUGACUGAUUUCAUCAUUCCUCAGGUUAAAGCCCAAAUGCCGUCGAUGUUUAAGAAUUUUAAAUUUACCAAGAUGGACAUGGGGGAUAUCCCUUGCCGUGUAGGAGGGAUAAAGGUCUAUACUACGAAUGUGGGCAGAGAUCGAAUCAUAGUCGAUAUGGAUGUUGCAUAUGCGGGUGAUGCAGAUUUUACCGUAUCCUGUUGUGGAUUUACCGGUGGAAUGAAUAAUCUACAGGUACUGUAAU